UUUAUUUGCGUGGAGAAUCCAAACUAAAUCAUGUAUAGUAUAGGUAUCAAUAGCCUGUGGGCUAUUUCUGGAUCCAUGAAAGCAUUUUUACUUUGUGAACCCAGCCCUGCUUUACGUAAAGAAUACAGAAGUACAGGAGUACAGCAAUCUCACAGGUAUUUUUAAUUGAAUUAGUAUUUGUACUGGGUGACGCCCUUUUCCACACCUCCCACCUCCUCCAUAAGUGACUCAGCCUCUGAAGGAGAAACCUCUGAGCCUUUCAGACAGUCAGAUGGAGUGUGAUUCUUCUCUCUGUGAACUUUAACUACACGUCAGUUCCAGGUGACCACCAAGACAAUCACUGGAGUGGGCCAGCUACAAAGGACUUAUUUAUCAUAUAGAGCAAAGUUUUAAAGCUAUUGAGAAGGCUGGAAUAUUAAAAUACAAUAGUUCCUGGAAGACAGAUUGCUCGACAGAAUACAGAUCCCAAAGGAGGAUACAUCCCUGAAUAAAAUGUCAACUUUCACCAUAGGAAAAUCAUCCCCUAAUCAAAGUGAUACAAAUAGUCCCACUCUUACAGGGAAAAACAGACAACAGGUUGCUCAUGAUGACAACUGCAAGCGAAGGACCCUGUUGCAGGAUAGCAGCUGGAUAAAGAAAAGACCUGAGGAGGAGAGUACUAAUGAAAACUAUGGCAGAGUUGUGCUUAACCAAUACAAAUCUCAAGAUAGCUUAAACAGUAACUUGAAUGAAAAGGAAGAUCAGAAAGUUUUACUUGGCCGAUACAGAUCUGAUACUACUUUAGACAGAAUUUCAGACACAAGAGAUGCUGAUAAAGCAAAUAAUUCCCCACGCUUAGAAAAUAGGACAACUGAUAGACAGUCCUGGACUCCUUCUAAUACAUCAGCCACCACCACUACGUCUCCUGUGAAGCCCAAAAGGCAGUCUUGGAUGCCACCACCAGUCUCCGGUUAUAAGAACACCACAGUUACUGAGGAAAACAAAGGGCAGUCCAGAACCCUACCAGAUACAACCACCACAACCAUAGUUGAUGCUAAACGGACUAUCUAUUCAUCAGAACAAACUACACCUGAGAGAUCAAAAACUGCUGUAGACAAUCAAACCAGAACAAGGAGCCAAGAUCAGGAUAAUCUCAAAAAAAAUCCCACAACUCACACAAAUGACAAGGGAGGAAAAGACCUGGAUGAUCUCACUGUUGUAAAUACUGCUGCACAGAAAAAUAAGAGAGGCCACGAUCUUGACGAUCGCAUUGAAGUAAAGGCUCCUGAGGAGCAAAAUAAAAAUUGGACAACUGAGCAACCCUCUGAUUCUGCUAAUGCUCCAAAUAACCGAUCUGACACAAACUACUUUUAUGACAACAGAGGAUCCAGUAAUAAUACUUCAACCAGUUACUCAAGUCCAAAGGACAAAGUUGUGUACACAAGAACAUAUGAGGAGACUAGGUAUGGGAAAGAUACGUCCAGCAAAUCACCCAAUGAUGCAUAUGAAGAAAAUGUCGCUGGAAAGUCUAUUAAAACUGUUUACUCUACUUCUGAUAGGAGUAUAAUUGAAAAAGAUAUGUGUACAUACUGCCGGAAGCCAUUGGGCAUAGAUUCCAAAAUGAUCUUAGAUGCUUUACAGAUUUGCUGUCACUCAACUUGCUUCAAGUGUGAAGUGUGCAAAAGACCUCUAGAAGAUCUGAAAGCAGGAGACAGCAUUUGGAUUUACAGAAAUACUGUGCAUUGUGAACCCUGCUAUUUCAAAAUUAAAGAAAAAUGGAUCUACUAGUUUUGGCUUCCAGAAACUAGGAUAAAGAUACACCAGGAUUUAGUUAAAUACAUUUUCCUAAUACUUAAACCUAUGUAAAAUGUUUAAUUUUUUUUGUUAAGACUGACAUAUUCUAAAUAUAAUAUUACUAAAUAGUCUCUAUAGGAACAUAGUCUAUGAGACUUAAAAUGACUAUAAAUACUUCCAGAAAGCAACAGAAUGUAUGGUUCAGUAUGUCCAUCAGAUGUGUGAAAGUUAUUUCUACAUGUGAUUUAGCAAAAGUAGAAAUGGAUCAUAUGGAAGGACAUAUCUCUGCCUGUGAAUUUUGAAGGAACUGUUUUCUGUUUAUCCAAAAUAUGCCUGGUAACAAAUAAAGAAUUGUUAUCUUUAUAUGCUAUGUUUUUAACAUUGAUACAUUUGUAAACAAUGUGUUUUUUGAAAACCAGUGGUCUUAUGGUUAUCCAGUACAGUUAUAAAAUGUAUACUCUACACGACAUUACUUUCUUAUAUACAGUAUACACUUUUGCAAGGUGGUUAUGCAAACACUUUGUGACUGCUAAUUAUAAAGAACAUAAAAAGCACUUUUCUUGGCAUAGAAAAUACAUUAAAUAAAUGAAAAGAACUGUUCAUUAUUUGUCACAAUACAUCUGUUCACAAAGAGUCAGCAAUAUUCUGCAUUAUUCUCUGAGAGUCAUAAAGUAGUUCAGUGAUUUAUUGAGCUAGAGUGACUGGUUUUGGCUCCUGCAUUCUGUCUUGGGAUCUUUGCUUGAUCUUUUACAUCAUUAACAUUAUUUUACAUUAUUAACAUUCAUUUUUCUCCUUUGUAUCUCAGCAAAAAAUCGUUGAUCAAGUGUGACUAUGAAAGAAUACUUUUUUUCAAAGGGGUAAAAAAAAUAAAAAUGCAUGUGGAAAUCAACUGAUUCCCAGACAAAAACCUACUGGUGAAAGGAGUGUUUAGUUGAAAGAACUACCUAUUUCUUAUUCCUUCUCUGCUGUUACUUAGAAGACAACUAGGUAACGCAGAUCAAACAAUUUAUUUGAAGAAAUGUUAAACUUAACAGGCUAGAUCUUGCAAUGUGGUCAAGCAGCAUGGAGUGCACGUCAUGUAUAGUCUGUGCAGGGGUGUGGCUUAAAGUUCACCUUUGCAGUCCUAUGAUCUUGCUACUAUUCUGUGCAGUUCAGUCCCCCUGCAGUGUGAGGGCUGCUGCAAUUUAAGCAAAGUUGCAAUGGUCACAUGGGACUAAAAACAGAUGAAGAUUAGCAUAGUGCAGGGUGUUCUGUCCAUACUUCCUUCCUCCAGACAUGCCCGCCCGUCUUUCCUGUCAAAUCUGUAGCAGUAGGGGUAAUAGGCAUGAAAGUCCCUCAGCUCUACCCUCUUCCAGGGCCUAGUUAAGGUGGCUUCACAGGCAGAUUGUGUGGGGCAAGGCAGCCCUUACAUAAAAGAUGAUUUGGCCUACUGGUUUUUAUGAAACCUUCUUGUGAAUUAAUUAAAGCAACUUUAAUAAACAUAGGUUUCAGAGUAGCAGCCGUGUUAGUCUGUAUUCGCAAAAGGAAAAGGAGUACUUGUGGCACCUUAGAGACUAACAAAUUUAUUAGAGCAUAAGCUUUCGUGAGCUACAGCUCACUUCAUCGGAUGCUUAUGCUCUAAUAAAUUUGUUAGUCUCUAAGGUGCCACAAGUACUCCUUUUCUUUUUAAUAAACAUGUUAUUGUAAAUAUGAAUCCUGGUUUGAGCAAACUGCUGACAAAUACUUUAAAGAGUGCUGGGACGUCUCUGCUUCAUAAGGGAACAAUGUCCACAAUGAUGUGGAGAGAGUUGGUCCAAAAUAUUUAACACUAGAGGAUACAUAUUCUGUCCUGGUGGAAGGCUACACCUGGACCAACUGAGAUUGGCUGUGUGUGGUUACAGAAGAAGCUAUGAAUUAGAAACAUAGCACUGGGAUCUAGAGGCCAGGGUUGUCCACAUCUGAUAUUUUGUUUCAGUCCAUUGCAAAGGUUAGGGGCCAGCAGUAAAUCUAAACAAAUGUGGGGGCAGUUAGAUCUGAGGAUUUGAUUCAGGUCCAUCCAUAAUAAAAAUGUUUAGUGGCUGGGAAAUUUUUAUUAUUAUAAAAAUAAUAAUACAUAAUUCUGUGCUCAUGAAUUCAUACUUGAUAAGCAGCCAUGGUAAUUGUGCCAUAUGUUUUAUUGUUGUUUUUAUUAUAUGUACAUAUGUGCUGAAAAGUAAUAACAGUUUUUUGGCACUUGAAGUUUAGCACAUAAAAGGACUGGACAGCAGUAUCUAUUUAAAAUAUCAUAUUAACAUCUCAAUGCUCAUGUAGCAAAAUGAAAUCUCUUUUUGCAUAUCAUUAGCAUAUAAUGUUUAAUUUUUCUUUGCCUGGUGCUUCAUGGAAACAUCCAAAGGAACAGUUUUGCAGGCAGCUGUUUUAAUGAAUCCUUUAUCUUCAAUAAUGCCUUAAAUUAGACUGAAAAGCUGCAUUGAGGGAUGCUAUAGUAAAUUAUGUGGGUUUUUGUGAUUCAUCAAGACCAUUUUCUCGACAUGUAAUGGAUACUUCUUUAUUUUACAAAGCAGGGGCACACCUCCAAAGAAGGGGAGGAAUCAAGCAAUAAGGAAAAAAUGAUACAAGCAUGGAGAGAGAAAUAAUGUUUAUAGAAUGGGAAAGUAGAUAUUAAUAAGUUUCAAAGAUGUAGUUUACUUGAGGAUUACUCACUUAUUGAAUAACACAGGUGUGACAAUCAGGGUCCAGACACCCCAAAUAGAGAAAAGCGUGUCUGAAACCCCAAAGAACAAGCAACUGAAUCAACAGCUUGUAUAUAAUGUUAUGUAUAAACAUGUCUCGUAAAGUCUCUGCUGAAAGCUUGUAAUGUUCUGAACUUAAGAGUCAUUAGGAGAUAUGUAUGCAGGUUAUGGUUAUGAAUGUAUGCAUGUAUAGAAUAUAGAAAAUGGCAAUUGUAUAUGUGUAUAGAAAAUGGCAAUUGUAAUUGGGGGACCUUCCAGGCUAGUUGUUUACACAAAACUCCCAGCACCUAGCAUUUUACAACCCAGGGAAAAUCAGUGAUGGACCAUUAAUGUUAAUGGAAAGACAUUGACACUGAAAAGGAAACACCAGUCUUAAGGCCUUGUCUACACUACACGAUUAAGUCGACGUAACAGAUGUACAGGCAUUGCACUAAUUACUUUGGUUUUUCAUGUCCACACUACAGUUCCCCUGCCAGUGGUGCUAAUCCUCACCACAAGCGCUUGCACCGACUUAAGUGUGGCAGUGUGAGGCACUGACAGCCCGGGCUGUAGACUCUGCGUGAAUCCCUCAGCUGGGAGUUCCACUGUUGGAUGCUGAUAGCCCAGGCUGUUGGCUCUGUGCAGAGCCCCACUGCCUGAUGCUGACAGAUUGGGCUGUUGGCUCUGCGCAGAGCACCACUGACCAGUGCUGACAGCCUGCAUGGAACUGACAGGCAAUGUAAAUAAUGCAGGGUCUACACAGACGCUGCAUUGUCCUAACUACAUUGACCUAAGCACUACUCCUCUUGUGGAGGUAGAGUUAUUAGGUCAGUGUAGUGGGGACUUAUAGUUGCUGCGUUGUGCUGUAGUAUAGACACUUACAGGGUUAGGUCGACAUAAGGUUGAAUUGUAGUAUAGACCUGGCCUUAGAAAACUAAGGAGGAGGAAGUUUCCCCUGCUCUGUGUUACUAUUGUUCGAAAGAAAGAGGAAAAAACCCUGCAAACCCUGUUACAAAGGAAGGGAGGAUUUUGAAAUGAAGUCUAUCGAAACAGAGGGCCAACAUCUAAGUGGGGCGCUGUUUGUGAAACACUGGAUCCCCUUUCAGACAGAGGGCAUGCUGGGAAACUGUUCAGAGGCAGUGGUUACUUUGUAUUAGAAAAGGGAAUUUAGCUAAUAUAGACGUACAAUGCCUGAUGAUGUGUCUUUAUGGUUAUUUUCUGAGUAACUUGUAUGUUUUUGCUUUUCUGUACUAUUUCCAUCUUUGAAUCUGUGAUUUUUCUGUUAAAAUAAACUUUUUGUUUAUUUUUA